AUGUUGUCACAAAUUUUACUUGCUCAAACUCCAGAAGCAUCACACAAAUGUGAAUCUAUUCAGCAGAAAUAUCAGCGGGAAAAACUAAGUAAUUCCGAUUGUGAAGAUGAAGCAAAAGAAGGUAUAUAUAUUAUAUCAUCUGAAAGUAAUGAUGAAACUGAGAGUUUUGUAAACGACAUUGCUUUAUGGCCAGAAUACCUAACAGACGCCAUGCUAGAGUAUUAUGUCAAAAAUCCACCAAAAUCGAUAAAUGGAUCUCUAGAAUCAUCUUCCAUUCGAUGCAACGAAGGUGAUAUCAAUGACUCUUCAUUACAGGAAUUAAAAUGUUAUGAACAAGAUUUAAACCUAGAAGAACUGAAAAACGAAGUAGUUCAAUUAACUUCAAACGACUGCUCCACUGAGGCGGUUACACAAACACUGUGGACCGCAUGUACACUUCAAGCUGCAGUUCACUCCGUACAUCCCUUUGUCGCAAACUGCACGUAUACAAAAUUCAUACAAAUAAUUUGA